AUGCCUAGUCGUCACAACAACCAUGCCCCAGCCGACGAGGCUUCCCAUUUUCUUGCCUCUCGGUCUACCUCCGCCGACGAUAUGGUCCAGGGAAUCUUGAAAAAUCCUAAUCGUGGUCCAGCUGGCCUUGACCUUCGUGAAUAUCAAGCAGCUGCAAAUUUCCCUCUUUCUUCACAGGCUCCUCCCGGGUACAUCUCCCGUGAUAUAUCCUCGUCCAGUUUGAACAAUGUCAUCCAGCAAGAGAAGCGCGACCAGCUGCACUCCGACACCGUCGACAUCUCCCUGAACGAUCAUGAUGACCACAAGCAUCGGCCUCCGAAAAUUGUCCAGUUUCCAGAAGGCUUUGAUAAACCAACACCUUUGCCAUAUCCAUUAUCUACCCAUGAUUCGGACAUCAUGAGCUCUCGUGCUUCGUCUAUAGCUGGUACUGACGACGAUUCCGAGGACUAUGAUUGGUCGGACGAGGAAGAUCUUGUUGACGAGGAGGCAAAAUAUAGCAAGCAGAUGGGCAGCAAGCCGCCACGUAGAGGCUGGGGGUUUCGCAGAAUCAUCUCACUGCUCUUCUCUUCCCUGAUCGGGUCGACUUUAUUAUCCGCCAUACUGGUCACACCUGCAUUGCUUGUACACUUUUUCUGGUUCAAACCAGACCCUUCAGACCACCGCCGAUAUGUCAGAGACAAUGUCCAGGCAUGGUUUUUCUGGGCAGCAUCCAACGUCUUGAUAUCGUGGUACCUUGCCAUGAUCAUUGACAUAAUUCCUAUCCUGUUCCGCUUUUUCAUUUCGGCAGUAUGGGGCCACGUUUCCGAAUCUAUCAAAACGAAAAUAGAAACCUACGACUCUGUCAAGGACACCGCCAAACCUGCAUUUUAUGCCGGAAGUACGUGGGCUAGUUGGGUGAUCAUAUUCGUUCAUAUCUACAAACUAUACGACCAAAACGAACCUGAAAAGAGUAGGGCCCGUUACACGAUUCGGUUAUCCCCAGUUGUUGAAUUCUUUUUCUUUCUGGUUCUUGUUUGGUGUGCCCAGGGCAUGCUAUCUCACUUUAUUGCUUUUUCCUUUCACCGUACGGCAUACAAAGAGCGCAUUGAAAGCGUCGAAAAGACUCUGGUAGUCAUCGAGAAACUCCGCCAGUACCGUCCCAAAUACCCUGCAUCAACGCCCAACUUCAAAUCAGGAGCAAGGACUCCCAUUUUUGGACAUCUUGGAAUCUCUCCCUUUUCUGAUAAACAACACUCCAAAGCACUCACCGGGGCCUUGAAAAACGUCGGCCCACACCCAACGCGCUCAAAUACAGAUGUCGAUUUUCGUGACGACGACGCACAUGACGGUGAUGUGGAAGAUGGUGAUCGCACCCUGAUCAAUUCACCUCACCGUAAACACAGGAAAUGGUUUGGAUCACAGUCUAGUGCAGAUGAACCCACUCCUUCCAGUAAGCACAAGUUGCAUUCAACAACCCACCGUUCCAAAGGUAAAGACAAAGUCAAAGUCAAAGAUGAAACCAUAACAAAAGAUGGCAUGGAGGUUGAAAUCGAGAUGUCACCCAUGUCUCCUUCGAAGGGGCAGGUGUACUCGGCUACAGCCCCGACAAUGCCCAGCCAUCUGAACCCGCAUCGAUACCCACCCACUUCUGAUUCCCCGCGACAGAGUUUGGACGGGGGUACGGAUAGAGCUAUCAGGCAGGCUGCAAAGGUCGUCAAAACUGCCUUGAUGCAUGACGCUCGCAAUCUCGCUGGUAAAGACGGAACGAUGGACGGUCUAGCAUGGAAUGUCAAUUCUUCACACGAAGCAAAGAGACUGGCAAAGUCCAUCUACAUGCGACUCAAGAACAGCGGCCGGACUUGGCUCAUACCUUCCGACUUUUACCCUGCAUUCCCAGACCACGCCUCAGCCGAAGAGGCCUUCAAAGUGUUUGACAAAGACAACAAUGGCGACCUCUCGCGUGCAGAGCUUAAAACGGCGGUGCUCAAAGUCUACAGGGAGCGACGAUUCCUUUCGCGGUCAAUGCGCGACGUGGGCGAGGCUUUGGCGACCCUAAAUAGGAUUCUGUUGAUCCUCGCAGGAAUCGUCUUGUUUUUCAUUGCAUUAAGUGUAUUCAAUGUCAAUGUUGGCGAGUCUCUCUCGAGUGUGUACACUCUUGGUAUCGCCGCGAGCUUUAUCUUCAAGAAUGCGGCCAGCUCUGCGUUCGAUUCGAUCAUGCUGUUGUUUGUGACGCAUCCUUAUGAUACUGGUGACCGUGUUAUCAUUGGACAGGAAAACCUUGUCGUCAAGAAGGUUGGCUUAUUCGCCACUGUAUUUACUCGUUCAGACGGCACGGAAACCUACUAUUUCAACAGCCAAUUGUUCAAUCAAUUUAUCCUCAAUGUCAGGCGGAGUGGUAAAACAUUCGAGAAUUUAACCAUGCAAGUGGCUUGGACUACACCCCUUACGAAGCUUGAUGCACUUGAGAAAUGUUUGAAUACCUGGUUAUCGACGGAAGAGAACCGUUGGUUUGAGCCGAGCACAAGUAUAACCCUCCAGAAUAUCGCUUUCCAAAGGUAUCUGGAGCUGACUAUUGGAAUCGGGCAUAAUGGAAACUGGCAGAAUUGGGGUCUUCGGAAUGCACGCAAGACGGCGUUCCACGCGGCCGUGCAAUACUACUGCAAACAACUCGGAAUCGUAGGGUACGAAGCGCCUCUGCCCAUCGUGUACGCGAACCCACAGACGAUGAAGUACGAGCCUCCGAGUCAAAAUUAUGAGGAAGUGCGGUCACCGAUGGCCGACACACCUCUCACUGCGGAUGAACUCCGGCAGGAAGCUGUGGAGGCGGAGGUCGCUGCUAAGGCGAUGAAGCCGACACUUGGAUUUUUGCCUCCACUGGAAGACCGCUCGUCGCGCCUUAUGGCACGGAAGAGUCGGCAUAAGAAGGCUAACCUUGGUGCUGGCAAUGCGGAUUGUUGA